AUGAUGUCAACGUCAAGCUUGCAAUCCGAGUGUGUUUUUGUCUCAAUUCUGUUAAAUUUAAUAGUUUAUGUCCAUUGCUUGACGACAGAUAGUUACAGUACUUUGACAACUUGUAUGAAUGAAACCGAGUGUCAGAGUUGGUCGGAAAAUUAUGAAUUAAUAAGUGAAUCCAGCACGAGCGAAAACAUAAAUUAUGUCACUGAGAUGAUAAAUACUGAAAAGGAUUUGAAUCCCACUGACGUUCAUACUACUAAAAAAGUCAAUGUUUCUAAUAUAUUUACGUCAUUUUAUCCAACUACGACAAGUUCUCACUCUGUAAAUAAGUUAUCUAAUUAUUCAAUAACGGCGAAUAUCAAUAGACAAUCAGUACCAAUUGUUAAACGAAUUACUGAUCCUUGCACGUGUGAUUUUCAGAUGUUUAGGUGUGAUGUUAAUUGUUGUUGUGAUAAUGAUUGCACAGAUUUUCAUUUGAGUGUGUUUUCUCACUGUUCUGACCAUAAAAGAAAUAAAUAUGACAGUCGUUACUGUUACACCAAAGAAUUUAUACGUAAAAAUAAUACUGACUUUAUCUUAGAACGUAUCGCUGAUAAUUUAUUUUGUAUAUCAUACGAUAAUUUACCACCGAUUUACAGUAAGAGCAGCUCAAUUAAAGUUACAAAUAGAGCAGAGUUUGACGAAAUAUUAAAAAUUAAACUCCAGUCUCAAUUUACGUGGUCUCAAGAACUGUAUGCGCCUUCACAAUUAAACACGAGGAAUCCAUAUCAAGAUGGUGAUAUUUUAUGGACAGUUAAAUCCAUAUCUUUCUAUCCUUUAGCGUGGUCUAUGUGUAAUACAACAUUACAAUCAAAAUCUUCAUGCGAAAAUGGUACCUGUUAUAAUAUCGUUAAGCGAAUUCUUUAUACGAUAACACACAACGGUACGAUGGGUGUACAAAAAAUUCAGCUAAACAUUCUUCUCGGUAAUUUUUCAACGAGCUAUCACCAACAUUUUGAGGUGAAGUAUGAGUGGACCGAAUUUUCAAACGAUGAAGUAAUUUAUAUAAGUGGGAAUCCCGGUUAUAUUACCGGUAAGCCGAUAAUAAUUGGUACUCUAAUGAAAUCAACAUCGAAAAAUAUUGUCACGGAAUUUAUUUUCAUUAACAAAAUGGAUUACCAAUUAACAGUGCCUUUGGGAGGAAGCAAAAACAAUUAUUGUUCUGAAGAAAAUAGAUAUACUGUUAAAUUUAAUGAAGAUUUAAAAUCAAAGUGCCUUAUUUCAUUAGAAACAAAUAAUUUUACUGUUGAUACUUGCAACGAAAUAAAUAAAAAAAUAAUAGCGGCAUACUUUCAACAGACAUUAAUAAAUAUAACGUCUAUUGAAGGUUAUAAAUUAUUUAUAUCAAAAACAAGUAAUAUCACGAACAAUAACGUUACAAACUGGAAUCAAAUAUUAUUGAACAAGCUACCAGCGCGAGCCACUGGCCAAAAGAUUAAUGACAAAAUAUCCUGUUGGAAUUUAACGACGUCCAUACACAUUGAUAUCCUGUAUUCAUUAUUACCGAAACCCGAUGACGAUACUACGUACCAUAAAAUAGUUGGAGUAGCAAUAACUCUCAAUGAACGUAAUGUCAGUUUAUCAAAAUGUCCUAUAGUUAAUUGCACGGACAAAAUCGAUCAUGAAAUAAACAGUUUUGUUAAAUUUCACGAUGUAUCAAUGCCAGAUAAUUAUUUUUUCGCUGGAGGUCCUAAUUUAGACAUCAGUUUACCCUAUGACUUUUUUUAUCCUUUCAUGAGUGGCUCUAAUUCUUGUCAGUAUGGAGAACGAGAUAAGCUUGCAAAUGAGUUAAACUUUUAA